UGCGAAAAAAUAUUGACUGUCCAGUUGUACAGGAAGCAGUUUUCAUGCAACUACAAUUUGUGCUUCAUGGAGAACAUUUCUUUAUUGUAUUGUAAACAGAAUACACACUAGUAGAUCUAAUCAAAGUUUUGUUUCGUCAAUUUUAAGAGAAGGUGUCACUAUGACCUUAUCAAGUCUUUGGCUAGUUGUGCUUAUAUGCACCACUUUUGGUGUCCAUAAAGAAAAUUUCCGCACUUGUGACCAAAGUGGCUUUUGCAAACGCCAUCGCAACCUUCAACCAGGCAUUUCUACAUACGUGGUCCAACCUUCAACGUUAAGAAUUUCCAAGAGCUCUCUUAUGGUAGAUGUCCUUAACACAGCAAACAAUGUUCGCUUCUUGCUACAGGGCUAUGGAUUACAACAUGGAAUAUUUCGGGUCAAGCUAGUAGAAGCAGAGCCUAUCAGGGAAAGAUAUGAGAUACCAGUGGGUAUUAGUCUUGUUGCUGAACCAGUGCAGGAGGAAUUGGUGUAUGAAGGAGAAAAGGAUGGCAAACUUGUCUUCACGUUAAACAAAAAUAAGAUGAUCAUCAACGUGAACCCCCUUAGACUGGAUUUCCUGAUUAAUGAUGAGCCUGUCACAAGUUUGAAUGCACAGGGACUGCUGAAAUUUGAGCACACCAGACAGAAACAGGGCUGGUUCUCUUCACUCGGCUCGUCUGUUAUCUCAUUACUUUCACAACCUUUCAGAGAGUCUAAGAAGGAAGAGGCAGAGGCCGCUGAUGGUGCUGCUGAAGAGUCUAAGGUAGAAGAAGUGAAAACAGCAGAUGAUGAACCAGACAUGUGGGAAGAGACCUUCAAAGGAUUCACUGACUCUAAACCUAAUGGACCUGUGUCUGUUGGAGUAGACAUUGCCUUUCCAGGGUUCCGUUAUGUGUAUGGCAUUCCUGAACAUGCUGACUCUUUUGCCUUGAAAACAACAAAGAAUACUGACCCCUACAGACUUUAUAACCUUGAUGUCUUUGAGUAUGACCUGUAUAACCCUAUGGCUCUGUAUGGCCAUGUACCAUUUAUGGUUGCUCACAAUGAAAAGAAUACUGUUGGUGUAUUUUUUCAAAAUGCUGCUGAAGGAUGGAUUGACAUUCAAUCAAAUGUAGCUGAUAAGUCCCUGUUUUCCAACUUGGCUGAUUUUGUAACUGGUAAAAGUGAAGUGCCCCAGACAGAUACCCAUUGGUUCUUUGAAGACGGCAUCAUUGACAUCUUUGUCUUGUUGGGACCAGGGCCAAAAGAGAUUUUCCAGCAGUAUGCUAGUUUAACAGGCAACACACCUCUUCCACCCCUGUGGGCUCUAGCUUACCAUCAAUGCAGAUGGAACUACAAUGACCAAGAGGAUGUUAGAAAUGUUGAUCAAACCAUGGACAAGUUUGAUAUUCCCUACGAUGUCAUUUGGCUUGACAUUGAGCACACUGAUGGAAAAAAAUAUUUUACCUGGGAUGGCAGUCGAUUUUCAAACUCUAUUGAGAUGUUGAGAAAUCUUUCUUCCAAAGGUCGUAAACUAGUUAGCAUUGUAGACCCUCACUUGAAACGUGAUGACAACUAUAAAGUUUUUACUGAUGCCAGAGACAAAGGUUUACUUGUGAAAAAUAGUAACGGGAAUGAUUUCGAUGGCUGGUGUUGGCCAGGGUCAUCAUCCUGGCCAGAUUUUCUGGAAAAGCAUGUUCGCGAUUGGUGGGCAGAUCAGUUCUUACUAGAGAACUAUCAAGGCAGUGCAGAGAAUCUAUAUGUUUGGAACGACAUGAAUGAGCCCUCUGUGUUCAAUUCGCCAGAGAUCACAUUUCCUAAAGAUGUGAAACAUUUAUCUGGUCGGGAAAACCGAGAAGUCCAUAACAUUUAUGCCAUGCUUGUGCACCAGGCUACCUGGGAUGGUUUACUAAAAAGAGGCAACUACAAGGAACGUCCAUUUGUUUUGACUAGAGGAUUCUUUGCUGGCACCCAGAGAUCAGCUGCUGUAUGGACUGGUGAUAACAUGGGUGAAUGGAGCCAUUUGAAGAUCACUGUACCAAUGAUGUUGUCUUUGAAUCUAGCUGGCAUCCACUUCUCAGGAGCUGAUGUUGGAGGAUUUUUCCGUAACCCAGACACUGAGCUUCUGACUAGAUGGUAUCAGGCAGCAAUUUUCCAGCCUUUUUUCAGAGCGCAUGCUCAUAUUGAUACCAAACGCAGAGAACCAUACCUCUUACCAGAAGAAAAUAUGAUCAUAGCCAGGGAUGCCAUUAAAAAGAGAUAUACCUAUCUGCCUUUGUGGUAUCUGUUGUUUCACAAGUCUGAAAAGACUGGAAUGCCUCCAAUGAGACCCUUAUGGACAGAGUUUCCAAAGGAUUCAUUAGUCUUUGAAAGAGAUGAUAGUUUUAUUUUAGGGGAUGCUAUUUUAGUACGACCUGUUGUAGAUCAAGGUCACACUACAGCUAAUGUUUAUUUCCCUGCUGAACAAAUGCUUUGGUAUGAUAUAGACACCUAUAAACUUUAUCAUGGUGGCCAUGAAGUAACAGUAGAUGCUCCUUUAUCUAAGUUACCAGCAUAUCAGCGCGGUGGUACAAUAGUCCCAAGAAAAUUACGAGCCAGGAGAUCUGCUUCUCUCAUGUACAGUGAUCCAUUUACACUGGUGGUGUGUCUGGAUAAGAAUGGCAAAGCCAUGGGCCAGGUCUAUGUAGAUGAUUAUCAUUCAUUUGAUUAUUCCAAAGGCAGUUAUGCACUAAUGGAAUUGUCUUUCCACAACUUUAAGUUAGAAAAUAAUGUACUUCAUAAAGGAGAUGGCUUCUCUACAAAAGAGUGGGUAGAGCGAGUGAUAAUUGCUGGUGUUAAUACGGAGCCUAAAAAUGUUCAUCUAAUUAAAUCAGAUCAUAGCAGAGUUGAAUUAGGACACAGCUAUGAUCAGAACAGUAAAGUUUUGACUAUCAGAAAGCCUGGUGUCAAUGUGGCUGAGAAGUGGAUUAUCAACUUACAUUAAAGUCUGGAAACUAUAUUUGAUCAACACCAUUUUUAAAUAUAUCAUUUUAUUACAGUAGUUAUCUAUCUAAACAGUUUUGUGUUUUAUGUAAAUUUUGUUCUAUCCCAUUGCUGAAUCCCAAGUGAAUCCUGCAGGCUUUGGACUUCAACUAAUUAAACACCCAAUGCCAAUCAGACAUAACCAGUCAAUUGAUUCAUUGUUAGUUACUUAAAGUGAUUUAAGUUUUGCAAUAAUUUGUUGAGUAUAUUUUUUGUUGUCUUUUUUAAAAUUUUUUUUGGUUAAUUUUUUUCCAAUUUUUACACCAGGGUGGACUUUUUUGUUUUCUCCCUUGAUGUUUAGUUGACUGGUGCUGUGAAUUGAAAAUGUUCAAAUUUGACUUACAUUCUCAAGUUACAAAACUCUCUUCAUUGUUGACACUUGUAAUUAAAUUUGUUAUAGAAGGCCAAUGGUGACAACAUAUUUAUGUCUUGCAGACCUAUUGCAUUUCUUGUACUUAAAGCUAUAUAGGGAACAUGCCAAUUUUGUGUUCCAACGUGUUGAUUUAGCCAAUAGUUCAGUAAAGUUCCUGUUUGAAACACAAGGACUUUUGAGAUCUUGUUUUGUAGGGCAAGCAUUUCUAUUGGCCAUGUUCAAUUACAAUGAAGCUAGUGUUCUCCCUUUACUGUGGGCAACAGUGCCAGUUAUAAUGUAGCCAGUGAAAAGACCAAAAAUGGUGAGAUAAUAGUUCAUUUUCUUCAAAGUGUUUAAGUUUACAAUGAAGCUUAAUAUCUUUUUUUUUAAAGAAAAUAUUUUCAAUUCAGUCAACACUAGAUUGACAAUAUCAGUCCAAAUGUAGGGAGAAAUAAUGAAUAAACAAUUCUAUUUUUUUUUAAUGUUCAGACUCUUGUCUGCUCCCUUUGUAUUUAUUCCUAAGAGUAUAUUGUUUUUUUUUUUUUUUUAUAUUUGUUUCACUUGAUGCUAUAUUUAGAUGUUUGAAAAUUUGUGUUGUUCAAAUCUGGGAUUGUGGUGUAAUAGCUCAAGGCACUUGAAGCCAUAGCUGUAAUUUGACCCAGUUUGCCUGCUCAAGAGUGAAUCAGUAAUUAGGAGCAAGAUUGUUUUAUAGUUUGAGAUAAAUAUUUUUCUAUGAAGACCACAUGUCUGUGAUCAGCUGACAGUAUGAAGGUACUUGUUAGUGUUUCCCUUAUUUUUUUUAUAAAUGAUUGCUUCUGUUCAUGCCUAAUGCAAGGAAAAGAAAAAAAUACAACAUCCGACAAAUACUGAAUAGCUAAGACAAAGAUCACAAUCAAAUUGAAGAGUUUAUUGGUAAAAAGUAUAAAAAUUGCAUAUGGCACAAAUUACAAAUAAAAAAAAAAGUCCAUAUUAUACACUGUACAUCAUUCCAUUGGUAAUAAGAGGAAUUGGUCCCAAUUUUAUGUUUCUUUGUUUUCUGUUUUGAAGCCAUAGUAUUGAUACAAGUACAAUAAAUAUAUUUCAGUGUUUAAAUAA